AUGAGCAGCAACGAUAAGCAGCAAGAAACAAACUUUGCUAUUAAUUUCUUAAUGGGUGGUGUGAGUGCGGCAAUCGCUAAGACCGCCGCCUCACCCAUCGAGAGAGUCAAAAUCUUGAUUCAAAAUCAAGACGAAAUGAUCAAGCAAGGAACUUUAGAAAAGAAGUAUUCCGGUAUUGUGGAUUGCUUCAAGAGAACUGCAAAGCAAGAGGGGCUAAUAUCCUUUUGGAGGGGAAAUACUGCCAAUGUUAUUCGUUACUUUCCUACUCAAGCUUUGAACUUUGCCUUUAAAGAUAAAAUCAAGUUAAUGUUUGGUUUCAAAAAGGAGGAAGGUUAUGGCAAAUGGUUUGCAGGUAAUCUGGCCUCUGGUGGUGCUGCUGGUGCUCUUUCGCUACUAUUUGUUUAUUCUUUAGAUUUUGCCAGAACAAGAUUGGCUGCCGAUGCCAAAUCCUCCAAAAAGGGCAGCGCCCGUCAAUUUAAUGGGUUGAUUGAUGUUUAUAAAAAGACCUUAAAAUCUGAUGGUAUUGCAGGGCUAUACAGAGGAUUCAUGCCAUCAGUAGUGGGUAUCGUGGUUUAUAGAGGGUUGUAUUUCGGUAUGUUUGAUUCUCUCAAGCCACUGGUGCUAACUGGUUCAUUAGAUGGUUCAUUCUUGGCUUCAUUUUUAUUGGGCUGGGCAGUUACUACAGGUGCCUCAACAUGUUCUUACCCAUUGGACACGGUGAGAAGAAGGAUGAUGAUGACUUCGGGUCAAGCUGUGAAAUAUAAUGGUGCCACAGAUUGUCUUAAGAAGAUUGUGGCAGCUGAAGGUGUGGGGUCAUUAUUCAAAGGCUGUGGGGCAAAUAUCUUGAGAAGUGUUGCCGGGGCAGGUGUUAUUUCCAUGUAUGAUCAAUUGCAAAUGAUAUUGUUCGGUAAAAAAUUCAAAUGA